AUGGCCGCGCCGGUGCAGCUGGCGCCGGGCUCGCUGGCGCUGGUGCUGGGCCGGGCCGAGCCGCCCCCGUCCCGGCCCCGCGCGCGGGGCGCCCUGGCCGUGUUCCGCGCCUUCCGCCGGGCCAACGCGCGCUGCCCCUGGGAGCCGGCGCUCGCCCGCGCCGCCCGCCGCCUGGCCUUCCAGGGCUGGCUAAGCCGCGCCGUGCUGCUCGUGCGGGCGCCCCCCGACUGCCUGCGGGUGCUGCGCGACGCCUGGGCCCGCCGGGCGCUGCGCCCCCCGAGGGGCUUCGUCCUCAGGGCGCUCGGUGAUGUCUUCCCAGUGCAGAUGACUCCAGUCACUCAAUCUCAGUUUAUCCCUUUGGCUGAAGUCCUUUGCUGUGCUAUAGCUGACAUGAAUUCAGCUCAGGUUGUAGUGACACAGGAGUCACUGUUGGCGCAUCUGAUGAAACACUACCCAGGCAUUGCAGUUCCACCUCCAGACAUUCUCUAUACGGUUCUUGGAACUCUGAUUAAGGAAAGGAAGAUUUACCACACUGGAGAAGGGUACUUCAUAGUUACGCCUCAGACGUACUUUAUCACAAAUGCAGCCACUCGGGAGCAUAGGAGAGGUCUCUCGGCUGAGGGUCCCCCCAGGCCAACCUCUGUGACCUAUCUGGUGAGCAUGGAGAGUUGUGCGGAGUCUGCCAAGGAAAAUACUUCUCCCCUUGCCCACUGUCAGUCCUGCCUCCAUUUCCCCGACGUGUGCGCUCGGAAAGUGCAAGAGUCACCGACGACUGCUGAAGUGACUGGAAAAGGCCGCAAAUGUCUUGGGGAACCCAAACCUUUGGUACGGAACCAAGCAGUCUUGGCGUCAGAAGAGAACCACCUCCUUGAGGAUCCCAAUUCGCCACCCUGUGCAAAAGACAGAGAGAGGGGCAAGAAGUUUGGCUUCAGCCUCUUCUGGCGCAAUAUCUCCAGGAGGGAAAAGUCCAGAACCAAGCUCACGAAUUUCUCGGCCCAGUUCCCACCUGAAGAGUGGCCUGUUCGAGAUGAAGAUGACUUGGACAACAUCCCUCGGGACAUUGAACAUGAGAUCAUAAAACGCAUUAAUCCCUUCCUGACCGUGGACAACUUGAUCAAACAUACGGCCCUCAUGCAGAAACACGAGCAGAAAAAAUAUACUAGUCAGGGCACUUCAACAGAUGUGCUAAUCGUCAGACAGAAGCAGCCUACCAAGGAGGUGCCAAGGAAAAGGCAGGGCUGGUCAGCAAAGUCUCGAAAGCGGGGCCAUUUGUUCAGGGACAGACAUAAAUCCGGGGGUCAGGGAAGCGAGCAACACCGGGAAAGCGUCAGACAGGACAAACACCCCAAGCUCCCUGCCCCACAUGUUCACCUGAGGGCAAGUAAAGCAGUAGAGAAAUCAGCUGGUGAGAAUAUGUCGGUUCUAGGUUCCCAGCUGGUUUACAAAAGGCAAAUCAGCAACCCUUUCCAGGGUUUGUCCCCCAGAGGUGGCCCAGUAACCAGAGGGCCAAAGGGGGCCCAGAAGACCAGCGAUUUGAAACCCAGUCAACUUGGAACGAAGGGGAAGCCUGGCAGGAGGGCAAGGUCCUUGGGCUGCUCGAAUGUCCUUGAGAGUGACACCAAACAGCAACAUAACAGGAAGAGGGAUACAGGUGCCAGUUCUGUGAAUGACUUGAGUGUUCCGCCCACGAUGGAUGACCUCAAAGACCACCUCACCGGUUACCCCCAGUUUGGCGCUUUUCAAAAUGAAAGCAAAUACUGUUCCUUUCGAGGAGGUGUGUUGAGACACGCAGUGUAUAGCGAAGAGCCUGAAGCCCUCCCUGACUUGUUGGGGAGAUACUCUUCUCACCUUGACCCAGUCGGGGAGAUGAAGGACUGGCAGCCUAGCCUGCCACCACUGGGGGCCGCCUCUUUGGAUAGAAAGUCCUCGAUUUGUCUGUUUGUUGACAAAACCAUUUAUCAAUUUCAAAAUCUAGGUCUUUUGGAUUGCCCAGUUGGCAUAAACCAUAUAAAAUCCGAGAACCAAGACAGAGAUUCGGGUGAACUCGGUAAAGAGACAUUUGUCCAAGAUACAGAGGCAACAAGUGUGGAAGACGAGAGGCUUUCUGAUGAUGGCCAGACCUUGUUUCCGAACGAAGAGGAGGAGGAUGGUGCUUGCAGCUCCUUAUAUCUAGAGGAAGAUGAUUUUUCUGAGGACGACGACUUUUGUGAAAUGGUGUCUGGCCCCCUGCAGUGCUCCUUCACCUGUGACAGCAAAGGCAGCCACUUGGCAAAGCUCAAGGUGGCUGGAAGGUCCCUCGCUGACUCUCUGACAGAGCAUGACAGCAACCUCUAUAGUUCGGAGCUGCCAGUGUUUCAAGGAACCGAAUGUUACGAACCGCCCCACGCACUCCCUCACCCAGUUGAGGCCUUAAAAGCUCCUCACGCUGCUGAAAGCCGCAGCCUUACUCUGGGGACCCUGUCCAGUUGUCACCGUGAGGAACCCAGCAUUGCUACAAGUGUCUCUGUGCCUGCGGAUGGAAACACAUUCGGCUACUACAGCCAAAGGAAAGUGGGUUCUGAGGACGAGGCCCUCCAAGGCACUGCGGGGGUCAUGGCCAUUUGGAGACCAAGUCCUCAGAAUCAGGAUCUGAAAAAACAGUCCCCACCAAAGGCAGAAACUUUUGGCACGUCACACGCGCCAGUGUCAGCUCGGGAUGUGCAGCAUGAGCGGAGCCACCUGGAAGGGACAGAAAGCCACAGCAUGGCAGGUGACAGUGGAAUAGACUCUCCACGGACACAGAGUCUGGCAUCUAAUAAUUUAGUCAUUUUGGAUGGACUGAAAAGAAGACAAAACUUUUUACAGAAGUUUGAAGACACAAAGAAUAGUCCAACACUCAUCUCGAGUCCCUUAUUACAGCUAACUCCAGUCAUAAAUGUUUAA